GAGGAAGGAUCGGAGAGAAAGUUCCUCCGUGUAGAGAGAGAGACAGACAGACAGACAGACAGACGGAAGAAAAGAAACAGACGAGAGACGAAGAAAGAAUAGGAGGAAACAGACAUCGAAAUAAAAAGACAAAAAAACAACGAAAAGAAGAGAAAGACAGACAAAGAAAAAUACAGAAAAACAAAACAAAACAAAAACAACGUGAAAAACAAUAACAAUAACAAAAAGUGACAAUUAUCUGACAGUGAAAAAAAAAAAGGGACAAAGAAAGAAAGGAAGGAAGUGAGAGAAAGAGAGAAAAAGAGAGAAAAGAGCUAUCUCACAUUUUCUCACUAUCUCUAUCUCUCAAGACAUGUCACGUGACUUUUGGUGAUGACUGAAAACUGAAGGAGGACGAGGAGGAGACGUGAUAAAGAUGCGGUCGGGCGGCGGCGGUGUGGCAUGGGUGGUGGUGGUGGUGGUGGUGAUGGUGGGGGGCGUGGCGGGUGACGGUCCCUCCCCCCCCAUCACCCUCAACCCCCCACCUUCUCAUCACAACCAGGCCGACGGUGGCGUGGUGGAAAUUGGCGAAAAUGUACAGGGCUACAAUCUGCUGGACGCCGCGCCUUCCUACGCUGACCCCGACCUGCUGAAGGCGGUGAUGGACCAGGCGGAGGAGGCGGACUUCAGGUACCCUCUGGCGACAACAGUGCCACCGGGAGGACGACGCAAACACACAGAGGAAAACGAAAUUGAAAACGGGAACACGAACCUCCAAGAAGCCUUCUCUCUGAGUGAACUGGGCCAAGGAGAUGGGGUUGGAUUCCUCUCCCGCCCCUUCCCCUCCUCCUCCCACCACUCCCGCCCCCUCCCCCCUCUCAUUUCGAAGGGGUAUGCUAGUAUGAGUAUCCAGGGUCACGCGUCCACCCAUAGAUUAGAGGAGGAAGAAGAGGAGGAGGAGGAGGAGGAGAAGAGGGUGGUGACGAAAAGACCAGGAAUUGUAUACAAGAAAGUGACCUAUGUUUCUUUUCCUCCUCCUUCUUCUUCCUCUUCUACUCCUCUUCCUCCUCCUUCUUCUCCCUCUUCUACUCCUCUUCCUCCUCCUUCUUCUCCCUCCUCCUCCGACUUCUCAGAUUUCAUCCCUUCCUCUCCUUCUCCUCCUCCUCCUCCUCGUCCUUCUCCUUCAACGCUUCCUCCUACUCCUCCACCCACACCUCCUCCUCCUCCUCCUCCUCCCUCCUCCACUUCUCUCUCCAUUCAGCCUGCAACUAAGUAUGUUCUAAGAGCUAGGCCUACACCCCCUCCCUCCCCCCCACCCUCCUCACCCCCCUCCCGUCCAUUCUCCCCUCACCUCCCCUUCCGCCCUCACCCCCCCACCCACACCCCCAAUAGGCCUACCCCCCGCCCUGACCCAAGCCCCCCCCACCCCAAUGUCCCUCACCCCCCCUCUUCUAUUCCUGAAAGCAUUCCCGCACUACGAUACACCCGUCGCCCCUCCCCCACCCCCUCCACUACCCCCGCCAAACAAGACUCCCCUUCCCCAUUCCGCCCCUCCAAAGUUGACCCCUUCCUUCCCCAGGCGCCCCCUGUCCCCGUCCCCCACCCAUCGCCUUACCUCCCCUCCCCCCACCCCUCAAGCGCCCAGUCCCACCUCCUCCGGCCUGAACUUCCCAGGGACCUAUCACCCCAGCCGCCCCCCAGCAUUGCCCCCCACUUUAAAUAUCCCCGGUCUCUUCCCGACCUCUCCCCAGCCAUUCCCCAGCCCCACCUGCCCCAACACCCCUUCGCAGCCCCGGCAGGUAAGAGGCCGGUGUUCGCCCCCGCCCCCUCGCCGCCCGUCCGCCGCCCCCAGGAAGACAACGCAAUCCCCCCCGCCACGAUGUCCCCAGACCCCCAGCCCUCCGCCCCCCUGCUGGGUCUCUUCGCGCCGCCCCCCAUCAACAGACGCAGGGGAGAGGCGCCCCCCGCCGCGCCCCCCCCGCCGUACCAGCGGGGCCUUGGCCCCGCCCCAACACACACCCGUAAGGUGGUGGUCCUCGGCCCCUUCCCCGCCCACCCCAGGCACCCCUCUCAGACUACCAAACCCCUCCCUGCUGCCUCCGCCUACACCCGCCCCCCUCAAGCCACGCCCCGUCACCCCGGCCAGCACCCCCAAGCCCGCUAA